AACAGCUAACUUUUCUUUCUCCACUUUUCGUGGGAACUUCCUCCUUCCUCCUAUCAACUCCUAGCCUAAUAAUUCCCAUAAGGAUUAGUGUUCUUUUUUCUCUUUUCUUUCUGUGUUUCCCCUAAUCAUUGUGGAUGCAAAUUAAACCAGGAAUGUAUAUUUUACCAAGGAUAAAGAUAAUCCUAUUUGUGAUGUACUACUACUUAUUUGCAGUUCAUUACUAUUGUGUAGCUGAUUCCAGGUGCACAGAGGGCUGUGCCUUAGCUUUAGCUUCAUUCACUAUUUAUGUUGGUCCUGAUGAUUAUAAGGAGGAAGUUGUGUCCCAAAUAUCAGGCCGGUUAUUCUCGAACAUAUCUGCCACUGAGAUCCUUAGCUACUCUAGUUUCAUAAACCAUCGGGCUGUUACCAGGAAGAUUAACAUGGGUGUUACCAGGAAGAUUAACAUACCCUUCCGCUGUGACUGCCUUAAUGGCGAGUACUUGGGACAUGUCUUUCCAUACACUGUUUUACCGGGGGAUUCAUAUGAUAGUAUAGCAGAUAACGAUUAUAACAGUUUGAUAACUGGAGAGUGGUUUAACAAUAACCGGGAAGUAACAUUGAUGGUGAUAGUGAAUUGCUCGUGCGGGAAUAAAGAUGUGUCCGAGGAUUAUGGGUUGUUCAUCACGUAUCCAAUGCAGCCAGAGGAAAAUUUGGAGUCCAUAGCAUCUGCGACAAAUACAAGAUCGGAAUUGAUCCAAAUGUACAAUCCAGGUGUGAAUUUCAGUGCUGGCACUGGGCUGCUUUACAUUCCAGGCAGAGAUAUACUUGGGAACUAUCCGCCUAUGACAACUUUAUCAGGUUCAUCAGGUAAAUCUAUUGCUGUAAUGGCAGUAGCAUCACUAGCUGGAGUUACAUUACUCAUAGCCAUCGUUUACGUGGGAAUUUAUAGAAAGAAGGAACAAAAGAUUGCAGUACAUAUCUCAGAAUCUGCUGAUAAAUCGCAUCCAUCUGGUCAGGGCCUUUUGGGCAUAGCUGUGGACAAAUCUGUGGAGUUCUCAUACAAAGAACUUUCUGAGUCGACUAAUGGCUUUAACAUUUCUAAUAAGAUUGGAGAAGAUGGCUUUGGAGCUGUUUAUUACGCUGAGCUGAGAGGCAAGAUAACAGCAAUAAAGAAAAUGAACAGGCAAGCAAAAACCGAAUUUCUUGCUGAACUGAAAAUUUUGACGCGUGUACAUCACCUGAACCUGGUGUGCUUGAUGGGAUAUUGUGUUGACAGGUAUCUCUUCCUUGUAUAUGAGUACAUUGACAAUGGUAAUCUAAGCCAACAUCUACGUGGGAGGGACACACUGCCAUGGUCAACGAGGGUGCAGAUUGCACUAGAUUCUGCCAGAGGUCUUGAAUAUAUACAUGAACACACAGUCCCCGUUUUCAUCCAUCGUGAUAUCAAAUCAGCAAAUAUCCUGAUAGACAAAAAUUUCCAUGCAAAGGUUGGAGAUUUUGGCUUAACGAAACUGGUUGAAAAUGGAAAUUUAAAUAUACCUACACGUUUUAUGGGUACAUUUGGGUACAUGCCACCAGAGUAUGGUCAUUCAGGAAUUAUCUCACCUAAAGUCGAUGUCUAUGCUUUUGGCGUUGUCCUUUAUGAAUUAAUUUCGUCAAAGGAAGCGGUAGUCAAGGAAGAUGGUGUAGACGAAGCAAGAAGCCUUGAUGCUUUGUUUGGAGAAUCUCAUAAUCAUCCAAAUCCAAUUGAAGGCAUUUCCAGAUUGAUAGACCCCAAACUCGAGGACAAUUACCCCUUUGAUUCAGUCCACAAGAUGGCACAGCUUGCUAAAGCUUGUACCGAGAAAGAUCAUGAGAUGCGGCCGACUAUGAGAUCAGUAGUGGUUGCACUUAUGGCACUCUCAUCAUCGACAGCAGAUUGAUAAUUUGAUGUUCCGGUUUGAUCCUGCAUUUUUUUCAUCAAGAACCAUUUCUUGAAAUCAACAGCUUAAUUCAACUUCUGUAAUUUUACUUUUGCUAUAAAAAUCACUUUCCAGAGCUUAUACGAUUUUUUCUUCGACUACCUUCAGAAAGUUGUAAGCACUAUCUGGUAUGUUUGAGUUCUGAAUUACUCCUUUGCAUGGUGAUAACUUGAAGACAGAGAUCUUCAAGAUAAAACAUGUGUAACUCUUAAGGUAUUGAAAUUUUUUUCCCAUGUAAUGUUGUUUGCAUGUUGAAGGAA